AUGAAGGUAGUUUUUCCUUUCAUUCGCCAGUCGGUUAUCGUGUUCCUGGCUGUUUUGGCCGUUGGUUUCGCUGGGGAAGCCCAGGACUCCAAGAAGGAGAAGCGCGGAUUGUGGGAAGAGUCGUACGAUAACUACGGUUACGACAACUAUGGCUACAACAACUACGGCCUGGGCUAUGGCGACUACGCGACGAAGGAGGUGAAGCACAUCGUCACGAAGAAGGUCCCGGUUCCGUACCCAGUGGAGGUGGAGAAACACGUCCCGGUCGAGGUGAAGGUGCCGUACCCGGUGAAGGUGGAGAAGCAUGUGCCGGUCGUCGUGGAGAAAAAGGUUCCGGUGUACAUCGAAAAGAAGGUCCCAGUCCACGUAGACCGUCCGUAUCCUGUUCCGGUCAAGGUUCCCGUGGAGGUCCCGGUCUACAAGAAAGAGUAUGUCGAAGUUCCGAAGCCGUACGCAGUUCACGUCGAGAAGCCCUACCCGGUGUACGUGAAACAGCCGGUCUACGUCGAAAAGCAGGUCCCGGCGUUCAUUGUAUUCUCAAUGGCCCUGGCCCUGGCCAGCGCGGCGGCAGUCGACGGUUCCAAGAAGGACAAGCGGGGACUCUGGGAGCAGGAGUCCUACGAAUCGCACGGCUAUGAUCAUCAGCUGGAUCAAGGAUACUACGGAGGCGACUACACUCACAAGGAAGUCAAACAAGUCAUCACGAAGAAGGUCCCAGUCCCGUAUCCCGUUGAGGUUGAAAAGCACGUGCCGGUGGAAGUGAAGGUCCCAUACCCAGUUGAGGUCGAAAAGAAGGUCCCGGUCGUUGUUGAGAAACGGGUUCCAGUAUACAUCGAAAAGGAGGUCCCAGUCCACGUAGACCGUCCGUAUCCAGUCGAAGUGAAGGUCCCAGUGAAAGUCCCGGUCUACAAGAAGGAAUACGUUGAGGUCCCGAAGCCGUACGCAGUUCAUGUCGAGAAGCCUUACCCAGUGUACGUGAAGCAGCCGGUCUACAUUGAAAAGCAGGUCCCAGUGACAGUGCACAUCAAGGAACACCACAAGAAAUCGUUCUGGGGCUAA